CGCUUGGCGGCGAUCUUGGACGGAAGAGCCAAGUUCCAUGGCGCUCAAGAGCAUCCCGAAGCGCGAUGUGCAGAAGAUCUGCAGCGGGCAGUCGGUCGUCGACCUUGCGACGGCCGUCAAGGAGCUCGUCGAGAACGCGCUCGAUGCUGGCGCGACCCACAUCGAGGUCAAGCUCAAGGAGUACGGCCAAGUCGGCUUCGAGGUGAGCGACAACGGCAAGGGCGUGCCCGCCGCCGACCACGACGCGCUGGCGCUCAAGCACUACACGUCCAAGAUCUCGGCCUUCGAAGACCUCGAGUCCAUCGCUUCAUUUGGCUUUCGCGGCGAGGCGCUGAGCUCCAUUUGCCAGCUCGCCAGCGCCUUUUCGGUGCUGACGCGCACCAAGGACGACGAGCUUGGCACGCUUCUCACGUACGACCACGCUGGCGCCCUCGUCUCAUCGGUUAAGAAGGCACGCCCCGUCGGUACGACCGUCAUCGUUGAAGACCUUUUCAAGCCGCUGGCCGUGCGCCACAAGGACUUUGUCAAGAACAUCAAGCGCCACUACGGCAAGCUGCUCAAGACACUGCAGGGAUACGCCAUCAUCACGGCCAACGUUCAGCUCUCGGUCAUCAACUUUGCAGGCAAGAACAACGCGCGACAAGCCAUCCUAUCGACGCAGAAGAACGCGGGCAUGGGCGAGAAUUUGGCCAACAUUUAUGGCACCAAGUUUUUCAAAAGCCUCUUGCCGGUUCAAACGAGUGUGAGUAUCGGCAGCGAAAGCGCCACGAUCACCGGCUUCAUCUCGCGCGUUGGCGACGGCGUUGGCCGCAGCGACAACGACCGGCAGUUCUUCUACGUCAACGGGCGGCCCGUUGACCUCUCGACCGCGACCAAGGCUGUCAACGAAGUGUGGCGGCAGUUUGAAAUGAAGCACAAGCCAGCGUGUUUCAUCGACUUUCGGCUAGCAAAUGGCUGCUUUGACGUCAACGUGACGCCCGACAAGCGCGAGACCUUUAUCAAAGAGGAAGUCGCAGUGAUGGAAGCGCUCCGAGAAGAGCUCCUCGCUCUGUACGAGCCAACGCGCGGCACGUUCCAAGUGCAGUCGCUCAUCUCGAGUUCGUCCCAGACGUCUUCGUUCACGCCCAAGCCCCCUCCGCCCAAAGCGCCAGUCCCUGCAAAGUUUUCGCUCUUGACGACACCAACGUCUGCCAAGCCGCCGCGCCGUGAGAGCACCGGUGCGCGCCCGACCCCGACGCAGUCGCCUGCUGCGACGCCACCGACGAAGCCCAAGCGCCGCGAGUCGUUGCCACUCAAGUCGUUCCCGCCGUGUGUUGGUCGCAUGUCGAUGGCCGACAUCCGCGCCCAACGCCAGCGGUAUUUCCAACGACAAAGCGAGCUCGAUGCGCUGGUGUACACUGGGGACGGCGUCAGUAGCAUCGAGAGCGAAGACGAAGUAGCGGCGACCGCGCGCCUCCAGCGAACUCUGACCAAGGACGAUUUCUUGCGCAUGGACAUUGUGGGGCAGUUCAACUUGGGAUUUAUCAUUGCGCGUUGUGGCCGGGACCUGUACAUCAUUGACCAGCACGCAAGUGAUGAAAAGUUCCGGUUCGAGACGCUGCAAAAGUCCACCGUACUGCACCAGCAGCCGCUGGUCCGCCCGCUGCGCUUGGAAGUGACGGCCGUCGAAGAGAUGACGAUCCUCGAGCACAUGCCGAUCUUUGAGAAGCAGGGCUUUCACUUCUCUGUCAACCACGCGGCGCCCGUGACGCAAAAGCUGCAUCUCACGGCGCUGCCGUUCAGCAAGCACACGACGUUUGGCCUCGCAGACGUUCGGGAGCUGGCGUCGCUCUUGAUGGAGGCGCCGCACCAAGCGCAGACGCUGCGCCUGCCCAAAGUCACGUCCAUGUUUGCCUCGCGCGCGUGCCGGAGCGCCGUUAUGAUUGGGACCGCGCUGCACAAGGAAGAGAUGCUCAAGAUUGUGACGCAGCUCGCGGUGCUGGACCAGCCUUGGAACUGUCCCCACGGGCGCCCUACAAUGCGCCACUUGGUCGAUCUCAACAGUCUCGAGAAGUAGUUACUCAACAGUCCCGAGAAGUAGUAGUUACUUGACUGACAUGCUUAUGACAGUGGAAUGUUUGGGUGCAUAAGCACGGACCUGGUGGUGGC